AUGGCAGACAGAUCCAUAUCUUCGCAUGAUGGACGGCGCAUGCGCACGAGCAGCAUUAAACCCCUGCCUAGACCAUUCUGGGCCAGCACGCUGACAAGACACCUCUCGGAGGAGCCUCUCCUCUCACGAGGCUAUGGGAAGCCGGGCCGGAAGGACCGCGUGCCGCCAAAAGAUAUAUAUCUAUUGUUGAUCGAGUUAGCAUGCCUCGUUGGCGGCUUGUUGACCGUCUUCUACUCCAGGUUGGCCAUCCUGUUGGGACAAAUCAACCAACUGAUCGUGGUGGGCUUUCUGUUGGCUGUCAUGUCCAUGUGUCUUGAGGGCCAGGUCCUGCGCACCGCCGUCAUUCACACGGCUAUUCGGAGUGGUUCGACGAUUCAAGACCUCGAUGCCUUACUGCGCAAAGAUCCUUUUGCAUCCAAGGUCCACCUUGCAUAUCGUCUGCUUUUGUUAUGUCUGAUCGGCCUACCGCUUUUGUUGAGUGUCGGAUACAAACGAUUCACCGGAGGACAGAGUACAAUCGAGGUGAAGAAUGGAAAUGGCUUCUUUGGCCUCUCAUCCACCCCUGGAAAGCAGCGCAUAGGCGACGGUCUGUCCAUCUUGUCCGACGUCUACGUUCCGUUCUGGAUCGACCCCGGCCUCAAUCGAACAUAUGGCUUCAAUAUGUAUAUCGCGCCUGAUAACAAGACCGCGGCCAUCGUGGACUCGCCGUUUCCAUCCUACUUGACCAGCCUUCAGUCGACUCUUCUGGGCGGCGAGACUCUGUUACUGUCAACCACGGUCAAUGCAACUGUCUCGGAGAUGGUCAACCCAACAGAGGCUGAGCGCAAUAGUGAAGACUAUUGGGCGAAUGUGCAAGAUGACUUUGAUCAUGAGUACGCGCUUAACGGCGACGAUGUUCGAGGUGCGAACAACGCUCUUUGGGCUGGAAUGAGUGGCAAUUUCCUCACCAACUUUUCGGUCAUGUACUUCGCUGCAUGGAACACCACCAGGAACGAAUCCUUUACGUCCGAGGCCAUCCGCACUGAGCAGACGCGGAGAAUGGCCAAAGCCACAUGGCUGAUCUCUGCAUCCAAUAUUACACUCACCGAAACAGAGCUUAUUGCAGACAGCACCCUGGCAAACCAAUCCCUGGUGCAGGAAAAUGCAUUGGGCCUGCAAGAGAUGUUCAGCAACUUCCUCGGCGAGUACGACUGGCACAAUCGAGCUGCCGCAUUUGAUUUUCCAUACCCGGCUCACCAUGAUGGGGAACUGAGAUAUUUCCAGCCAGUCAACACAGUGCCGCCACUGGCAGCGGCGAUGGCUUGGGCACGCAUCACCAGCUUAGAUACCGUGGACCGACCGCAAGGCAUUCAAAGCGGCGAGCUGAGGGCUCUGACAGGAUACGACAAGGCGGCACAAGACAUUUUGAUAGUCAAGGCUGUUCCGACGCUGCGAAAACAGCCGCUGUUGAUAGCGAUCUUGCUACUCAACCCUCUGAUCUCAUUGACUUGUGUGGUGGUGAAAGCGUUAUUCUUGUACGGAAGCCCGAUCGGGGACCAGUUCAACACAAUCUCGCUCUUUGCUGCAGCCGAGGGCAGUGACCUGAGUGCGAUGAGAGGAGCGUCAUUAACAGGUCAUCUUUCUCGGGAAGUCACAGUGGCCUUUGACAUUGAAAGAAGAGAAAGUCUGCUUGGUGGACAGGGUAGCACCGCGGGUGGACUUGACCAGAUAGUCAUGACGUUGGACCAGCCGGGCCAGACGCAGGGGAGGAUUCGAAAUGGUGUUGUAUAUUUGUGA